CUGUGCAUCAGAGAGCUGCAGAGCUGGAUGUGAGGAUGAAGCGCUAUUUCCUCUGCAUGCUGGAGUUGUUCUUGAUCAGUACACUCUUCAAUGUAAAUGCUGAAGCUCUACGCUUCCGUAGAAACUACACCUGUAAACCUGCAGGGGAAAAUGUCAUCAUAACAGAAAGUGACUCAGUCACCAUUCAGGAAACUGUUCGUAACAGGACCACAGUGAAACUGCAACACAGCUGGUCUCAGAUAUUCACUGGUGAGACAAUCACUCUCAGAUGUGAGAUUCAGGGAGGUGAAGGAAAGGUGUGGAAAUAUGAAUGGACAGCACCCAACACAAACAGCCCUCCAACAUCCAGUGAAUACAGGAUCAGCACAGUUUCAGUGUCCCACAGUGGAGACUACAGAUGUCGGGGUAGCAGUGACUAUCUCUUAACAGGAUGGAGUGAUGCCUUCAGACUGACAGUUUCAUAUAAUCCCAGAGCCACACUGACAGCAGGAACCACAAUCAUACCAGUAGGGGGCAGUGUGACACUGACCUGCUCUGUGCAGAGCUCUGAUGGAUGGAAAUAUGAGUGGUUCAGACGAACCCAAAGAACCUCUGAAGUUCAAAUCAGAGAUCAACAAAACAGAGAUAUCAGAGUAUCUCAAGGAGGAAUCUACAGCUGCAGAGGAACAAGAGGAAACCCAGUUUACUACACUGAUAUAAGUGAUGAUGUCACCAUUGAGAUAACCUUUUCCAAUAAAGUUGUUGUAAAACAACAACCCAACUGGCCUCAGAUAUUCAGAGGUGAGACGAUCACUCUGACAUGUGAGGUGCAGGAAGGAGGUGAAACCACUGAGUGGGAGUAUGAAUGGAGAGGACCCAGCACACCCACACAGUGGACACACAAUAAUGAUUGGACAUUCAGAGUUUCUGAGUCCAGCAGUGGAGACUACAUGUGUAAGAGUCGACGCAGAGAUGACUCAUAUUCUUCAACAGAGUGGAGUGAAGCCUUCACAUUGUCAGGAUCAAGUCUCAAUAAGCCCACUGUGACCCUGCAGCCAUCCUGGACUCAGAUAUACAGCGGUGAGACAGUCACUGUCAGAUGUGAGAUUCAGGGAGGUGAAGGAGCUCAGUGGACGUAUGAAUGGAGAGCAGCCAAGUUAAACACACCUCCAACAUCCAAUGAACACAGAAUCAUCAGAGCUACUGAGUCUGACAGUGGAGGAUACAGCUGCCGGGGCAGAAGGGACUAUUUCUUCUCAGAGUGGAGUGAUAUCAUCACACUGACUGUAUCAUCAAGUAAACCCAGAGCCACACUGACAGCACAAAGUUCAGUCAUACCAGCAGGGGGCAGUGUGACACUGAGCUGCUCUGUGGAGGGCUCUGCUGGCUGGAAGUUUGACUGGUUCAGACGUGAUUCAGUCUCUUCUAAAGCUCAGCUCAUGAGAGGAAAUGAAGCAAACAGAGUUAUUAGUGUCUCACAAGGAGGUCUGUACCACUGCAGAGGAGGGAGAGGAGAUCCAGUUUACUACACAGAGGACAGCAGUGACGUCACAGUUCAGCAAACUCUUCGUAACAGGAUCACAGCAACGCUGAAGCACAGCUGGUCUCAGAUAUUCACUGGUGAGACAAUCACUCUCAGAUGUGAGAUUCAGGGAGGUGAAGGAAAGGUGUGGAAAUAUGAAUGGACAGCACCCAACACAAACAGCCCUCCAACAUCCAGUGAAUACAGGAUCAGCAGAGUUUCAGUGUCCCACAGUGGAGACUACAGAUGUCGGGGUAGCAGUGACUAUCUCUUAACAGGAUGGAGUGAUGCCUUCAGACUGACAGUUUCAUCAGCAAGUAAACCCAGAGUCACACUGACAGCACAAAGUUCAAUCAUACCAGCAGGGGGCAGUGUGACACUGAGCUGCUCUGUGGAGGGCUCUGCUGGCUGGAAGUUUGACUGGUUCAGACGUGAUUCAGUCUCUUCUAAAGCUCAGCUCAUGAGAGGAAAUGAAGCAAACAGAGUUAUUAGUGUCUCACAAGGAGGUCUGUACCACUGCAGAGGAGGGAGAGGAGAUCCAGUUUACUACACAGAGGACAGCAGUGACAUCAUACUUCAGCGAACUGUUCGUAACAGGAUCACAGUGAAACUGCAGCACAGCUGGUCUCAGAUAUUCACUGGUGAGACAAUCACUCUCAGAUGUGAGAUUCAGGGAGGUGAAGGAAAGGUGUGGAAAUAUGAAUGGACAGCACCCAACACAAACAGCCCUCCAACAUCCAGUGAAUACAGGAGAGUUUCAGUGUCCCACAGUGGAGACUACAGAUGUCGGGGUAGCAGUGACUAUCUCUUAACAGGAUGGAGUGAUGCCUUCAGACUGACAGUUUCAUAUAAACCCAGGGCCACACUGACAGCAGCAACAACAAUGAUACCAGUAGGGGGCAGUGUGACACUGACCUGCUCUGUGCAGAGCUCUGAUGGAUGGAAAUAUGAGUGGUUCAGACGAACCCAAAGAACCUCUGAAGUUCAAAUCAGAGAUCAACAAAACAGAGAUAUCAGAGUAUCUCAAGGAGGAAUCUACAGCUGCAGAGGAACAAGAGGAAACCCAGUUUACUACACUGAUAUAAGCAAUGAUGUCACCAUUGAGAAAAGCAUUUCCAAUAAAGUUGUUGUAAAACAACAACCCAACUGGCCUCAGAUAUUCAGAGAUGAGACGAUCACUCUGACAUGUGAGGUGCAGGAAGGAGGUGAAACCACCGAGUGGGAGUAUGAAUGGAGAGGACCCAGGACACCCACACAGUGGACACACAAUAAUUAUGUGACAUUCAGAGUUUCCAGCAGUGGAGACUACAUGUGUAAGAGUCGACGCAGAGAUGACUCAUAUUCUUCAACAGAGUGGAGUGAAGCCUUCACAUUGUCAGUAUCAAAUAAACCCAGGGCCACACUGACAGCAGGAACAACAAUUAUACCAGUAGGGGGCAGUGUGACACUGACCUGCUCUGUGCAGAGCUCUGAUGGAUGGAAAUAUAAGUGGUUCAGACGAACCCAAAGAUACUAUGAAGUUCAAAUCAGAGAUCAACAAAACAGAGAUAUCAGAGUAUCUCAAGGAGGAAUCUACCGCUGCAGAGGAACAAGAGGAAACCCAGUUUACUACACUGAUAUAAGUGAUGAUGUCACCAUUGAGAAAACCAUUUCCAAUAAAGUUGUUGUAAAACAACAACCCAACUGGCCUCAGAUAUUCAGAGGUGAGACGAUCACUCUGACAUGUGAGGUGCAGGAAGGAGGUGAAACCACUGAGUGGUAUUAUCUAUGGAAAGGACCCAGCACACCCACACAGUGGACACACAAUAAUGAUGUGACAUUCAGAGUUUCUGAGUCCAGCAGUGGAGACUACAUGUGUAAGAGUCGACGCAGAGAUGACUCAUAUUCUUCAACAGAGUGGAGUGAAGCCUUCACAUUGUCAGUAUCAAUUCCCAGUAAGCCCACUGUGACCCUGCAGCCAUCCUGGCCUCAGAUAUACAGCGGUGAGACAGUCACUGUCAGAUGUGAGAUUCAGGGAGGUGAAGGAGCUCAGUGGACGUAUGAAUGGACUCCAGCCAAGUUAAACACACCUCCAACAUCCAAUGAACACAGAAUCACAGUUACUGAGUCUGACAGUGGAGGAUACAGCUGCCGGGGCAGAAGGGACUAUUUCUUCUCAGAGUGGAGUGAUAUCAUCACACUGACUGUGUCAUAUAAAGCCCGUCCUGUCCUCACUGUGUCUCCAUCAUGGCUGAGUCCUGGAGCCUCAGUAACUCUGAACUGUGAGGUUGAACAUCUGUCUGCAGGAUGGAGCUUCUACUGGUAUAAAGCUGUUCCUGAUCUAUCAGAGAAAUCCUCCAGUUAUGAGCUGCUACCUGAUGGCAAUGGGACUGCAAACAACUCCUACAUCAUUCAUGGACAGACACACACAGCAGGAUAUGUGUGCAGAGCUGGAAGAGGAGACCCAGAGUAUCACACUGAUCACAGUCAACCAAAGUUUGUCUGGUCUGCAGAUGUUCAUUCAGCAGCGUCUCUCACAGUGAGUCCUGACAGAGUGCAACACUUCACCUCUGACUCUGUCUCACUGACCUGUGAGGGAAAGUUCGCUGAGUGGAGAGUGAGGAAGUUCUCUGAGGACGGCCGACUGUACUCUGACUGUAGGAGAAUGACUGGAUCCACAUGUAACAUCAACACAUCAAAGUCAGAUACUGCAGUGUACUGGUGUGAGUCUGGAUCAGGAGAGUUCAGCAGUGCAGUCAACAUCACUGUACAGAAUGAUGGUAAUGGUCCUAUCCUGGUGAGUCCUGUUCAUCCUGUGACUGAGGGAGCUUCUGUUAGUCUGAGCUGCAGUUUGAGAACACAAAAAAUACUUUCCAAUGUGUUUUUCUAUCACAAUGACAAACUUAUUCAAAAUGAUACCCGAGGGGAGCUGAAGAUCUCUGCAGUGUCAAAGUCUGAUGAAGGUUUCUACAAGUGUCAGUACUCAGGAAGAGAGUCAGCACAGAGCUGGAUGUCAGUUAAAGGUGUGUUAUGUCCUGAAUGCUCUUCUUUGCCUGUGUGGUUGAUUGUUGGAUUGGCUUGUGGAAUCUCUGUCUUUAUUAUUGUCCUGCUCUCGUUUUAUCACUAUAGAAGAAAAAAGGAUUCAAGCUUCAUUAGUCCAAUGACCACCACCAAUCAUGUAGUCAACCAGAGUGAAAUUCACAAACACAACUCUCUUGACCAUGGUGCAGGUGAAAUACAAGAUGUUACAUACUCUGAAAUUCAGCUUAAACAUGUUGGAAAAAAGAAGAAUCAUCAUAAAUCACAGGAGCAUACUAUUUACUCAGAGGUGAAGGUGGGAGUUGAAGAAAAACCAAGUCCUGCAGCAACUAAUGAGGAACUUUACUCCAAGUCAUAUUAGAAAGCAGUCUCGAAGACAUUCCAACAUAUGCCGAGAUCAACAGUCACAAUAAAGCAAAAGCUAAGGAAAACCAGGAAGACAGUCCAAUGUAUGCUCAGGUCAACCGUCACAAUAAAAGAGCAACCAAGAACAACCAGGGUCAUUGAGCCGAAUUGUAGCAGUAAAACCAACCUCGAGCUUUUUUUUUGAAGCCAUUGUAUGCGCCUCUUAUACAGAAAUGUCUGUAGCUUGUUCUGUAUUUUGUACAAUUUUUUUUUAGUGAUAGUCAUCAUCAUUAUAAUAUACAGUAUACAAUAUAUAUAUAUAUAUAAUAUAUGGUACAGACAAGGUGUUUUCAUUUAGUGUUCAUAUUAUCUGUAUUCACUUAAUAAUAAAACAUGAUAUAAAGUUAGCUUUUAGAGUGUAACAUAAGAUAGGUUCCUCUAUGGGCACAAAGGAAUACUAUAAAUGCAUGUAUUGAAAGUUUUUGAACAUUACCUAAAAGAGGACUGCUAUAAUACGGUAUGGAUUUAAAUGUGUGAAUAAAUGCAUUUCUUCAUGGAAAUUGUAUGCAGUUAUAGUUU